ACUUGACGAUACCGCGGAGAGGAAUUCAAGGAGAAUCACCGUGUAUGUCUAACCUUUCGUUGUGAAGAUUCGACUCUUUGUCGACCUGUGAUCAGCUUGAAGCCUCGGGAAUGCUGCACCGCGUUCGAAUAUACAAUCCGACACCGGUGGCAGCCAAAUGCCUCGCGGGUGCGCCGGGUCAAUUGGCUCUGGGCAGAGAAGACGGCACGAUCGAGAUCUGGUCUACGAGGUAUUCGCUAUUCUGUGUGAACAUCUUUGACACUCCGUACAAAUGCGUCGAGGCUCUUGCCUAUGCGGAGAGCCCGCACGAGAAGAAACAAUUGACUUUGUACUCCACUGGAAUCGAUGGCCGAAUAGUGAGGUAUAACUCGCGCGGAGGUACGGAGGAAACUCUUCUCAUCUCGGGAUCGCCAGUUUGGUGUCUGGAAGCCUCUCCAUCCCGCAGAAAACUCGCGGCCGGCACUGAAGACGGUUUCGUUCACAUCAUUGAGACAAAUCAAGACAUUCUGGUCACAUCGAGAAGACUUCAACAGAAACUAGUUGGUCGGGUUCUCUCGUGCUGCUGGUUUUCUUGCGAGACUCGGCUCGCGACCGGGUCCCAAGACUCGCUGAAAGUAUGGGACUUGGAGAAGGAGAGAGCGAUUGAAACUAUGCAGCUGUCCAGGGUCUUCAAGAAAGAACAAGCGCUGGUUUUCAGCGUGGUGGUUAUCGAAGACGGACGUACGGUUGUCUCCGGCGAUUCUUUCGGGAGAGUCAUAUUUUGGGACGCGGGUACAGGGAGCCAGAUUCAAUCGAUGAAACUCCACGCUGCGGACGUGCUCAUCCUGCACGCCACCGGGAACGAAGUUUACGCUUCAGGGGUUGAUCCCGUGAUAUUCAAGUUCUUCCGAGGAGAAGGUCACUGGCUCCAUCAGAAAAUCACCCAAAUGCACACGCACGACAUACGGGCAAUCUGGACCGAAGACGAUCGACUCUUCACCGCGGGCGUGGAUGCGCAGCUCGGAGUUGUUCACUUAAACUCCCAGAAUCUUCACUUUCAAAGAAUUCUUCCCCCGUCGUACUCAAGAAACAUCCAAACUCACGAGAACCUUAUUCUGUUGAAUUACGGAGCCAGUGUUGAGUUGUGGACAACACUUCCCAAGGACAAGAUCAAGAUGCUCGUGAAUUUGAAAGCUCCCAAAAGUUCCCCCUUCCGAUACUCGACCCUAUGUCGAUCGUCUUUCGCUGUUGCCAACGACAGGAAACUGAUGAUCUAUAAGUUCUCGCUGUCGAAGGACAACCAAUUGGAAAGCGUCGAGAAAGUAUACACUACGGAGCUCCCCGAAACUUGCCCACUGCAGAGCAUCCUGCUAAGCCCUUCCGGUCGGAGAUUGUUUUGUGCCUUCCAAGACGGUCGUCUCCAGAUGGUGAACGUCGCUGAAGAGACCAUAGAAACGAAAGCGAUGCUUCCUGCCACUCCCAUCACCUGCUCGGCUGUCGGAUCCCACCUGGUUGCUUUCGGGGACGUGCAGGGCAACGUCUCCCUUUACGACCAUGACCUUAAAUUCAAGUGCACGACACCUUCGAGCUCGGCGACUCCGGUGUCCCUCCGUUUCGAGAACGACAGACUGUAUGUGGCGAAUAACGAUCUCACUUUCUUCGAGUUCUGUACGAAAUCCGAGAAGUACGCGCUCUGGAGCGACAAUUGUUUGAAAGCGUCCGCAUUCGAGGAGAAGCUAGCGCAGAUACGCAAAAGCAUGCUGAGCGCUGAUGGAAUCAACGACAUUGUGAUCACUCCGACCAACGACGUUUUGUUGGGCUUUGAGGCCAAGGUAUUCCAUGUGAAAAAAUCCCUGGUGCCCGCCGAUCUGAAGCAGGGCAUGAUUGCGAGCCCUGAUUUUUUGAAUGCUGUCAAGUUGUGGCGACAUCAUGACGAUGUGGCCGUGUGCGAAAUCAGCGGGAGUCAGCUCGUGUCUCAAUUGCCGCCUAUCCUCAAGAAGAAACGAUUCGUUUAA